AUGGGUAAAAAACAAGCUAUUACAUCUAAAAAAGCAGAAUGUUCAGAUGCUAACAAUAAUUCUACCAUUCACGAACGAGAAGAUAGUAUAGAUGAGUUAGCAUUAUCUGCAAAAUUGAAAAAAAAUAAAGAAACAUCUCUAUCAAAAACAUUAACGAUAAGAAAAUUGCAUUCAUUUGAUAAAGAAAAUUUGCCUUUGGGGAAUUCUGGAAUUAUGGAAAAUGUUAAUCGAAAAAAGCGUUCUCAGAAAAACAUUUUUGUGGAAAAGGGUUCUAAAAGUAGUCAAAAAGAAAACGUUUUGCAAGAAAUGUUUCAAGUUCAACUGAAUGAUUCAAAAUGUACAUUUAUAGAUGUGUACGAUAAUAGUAUUGCUAUAGAGGAAAGAUUAGAAGAAGCAAUUAAAAAGAUGGAAGAAUUUGAGAAAAAAUAUAUAUGUCUUAAAGAUCUCCGUCAAACAGAAGUUGAAUCUAACUUUUUUGCUUAUCGCGAAGUUGCAGAAUCUCGAUUUAAGGUUUCUGAAGUACUUAUUGAUAGUCUUACAAAAAAUAUAGACGCUAAAGACAAAAAGUUAAAUGAUUUAUUAUCUCAUAUUAAUAAUUUGGAACUAGAAAAGAAAGAAUUUGAAAAGCUGUCUGAAAAAUUAAAAUUUACUGAACAAGCUCUUGUUCAUGCGAAUUCUCAGAUUUCAUACUUAAAUGCUAAGUUUUCUUCACGUUCUAGUGCUUCUAUUUCUCAAUUAAAAGAAGAUCUUUAUAGUGAUCUAACAGGACUACUUAUUCGUGAUGUUAAAUUAGAAUCUAAGAAAACCGUUUUUGAUUGUUUACAAACAGGUCGUAAUGGAACGCUUCAUUUUAAACUUUCACUUUUUGUUGAUCCCUCUUGUCAAUCACAAGAGCGAUUUUCAUAUACUCCUCUCUUCGAUGAAGAACGAGAUGCUCCACUUCUAAAUUAUUUACCUAAUUACCUUACAGAUGAAAUUAUAUUUGAAAAAGAUCAAGCUGCUAUGUUUAAUUGGAGAUUAUCGAGUGCUUUGCAAAAGAAGGAUUAA